AUGUCAUUCCUAUUCAACCGAAAUAAACAAAAACCGCCACAGGAUGUGGUGCGAUCUCUCUGCGACGCGCUCCCCAAACUCGAGUCCCCCAGCGGCGACAAGCGCAAGGUGACGGAGGAAGUGUCACGAAACCUGCAGCAGAUGAAACUCAUUCUCACGGGCGACGAGGACGAGGACCCGCAACCGGCGCUGGUUGCCGCCCUCGCCUCCGAAAUGCAUCAAACAGAGCUCUUCACACAGCUGGUCACGUCGCUCAGAGCCCUCGACUUCGCCUCCCGCAAGGACGUGGUGCUCAUCUUCAACACGCUGCUGCGUCGACGGAUCGGCGACAGAUCACCCACAGUUGACUACCUGGUACAGCACCCGCGCAUCUUUGAGAUCCUUAUUCUGUCAUACGACAACCACGAUUCAGCAUUGACUGCUGGAGAGAUCUUGCGCGACUGUAACAAGUGGGAGCAGCUGUCCAAGAUCAUCAUCUGGAGCCCCCAACUAUGGAAGUUCUUCGAGUACGUGGACCAUCAGAUCUUCCAGAACGCCACAGACGCCUUUGGCUCGCUGUCAGACAUUGUCACGGUACAUCAGCAGGUGGCCGGCGAGUUUCUGGCAGCCAACAAGGAGAAGUUCAUCGCCAACAUCAACAAGCUGAUGCAGAGCUCCAACUAUGUGACCCGUCGACAGUCGCUCAAACUCAUGGGUCAGCUGAUCCGACAGCGGGCCAACUACCCAUUCAUGACGACCUAUGUCAAUGAGGUCGAGAACCUCAAGCUCAUCAUGAUGCUAUUGAAGGACAAGAGCAAAAACAUUGUCAUCGAGGCGUUCAACAUCUUCAAGCUAUUUGCGGCCAACCCUAAAAAGCCCCGCCCCGUGGCUGAUGUGCUGCUCAAAAACAAGACCAAGCUCAUUGCGUUCCUCACCAACCUGGAGACGGACAAGAAGGACGACGACGAGAAGGACUUCGUCAUUAAGGCCAUUUCUUCGCUACAGCCCAUUGUGACUCCCGGCUCAUCGCCCUCACCCUCCCCUCAGUCUCAUUCUCCCACGCAUACUUCUGGUCACCAUCACCAGGCACACACCCAACCUGGCUCCGGGCUUAGUAUGCUAACCCCUGCACCCUCCCUUCCGCCCCCGGUGGUUCAUUCUGAGCCUGUUCUUCGACAGAACUACCCGGAAUGA